AUGCGGGAGGGGAGCGCGGGCGGGCGCGGCGCGGAGAACAGGACGGGCAGCGAGCCCCCGCUGCAUCUCUUCCCCGCGCCCGUGCUCACCGGCAUCACGGUGGCCUGCGUGGUCCUCUUCGUCAUCGGGAUCUUCGGCAACCUGAUGACCAUGCUGGUGGUGUCGCGGUUUCGGGACAUGAGGACCACCACCAACUUCUACCUGUCCAGCAUGGCGUUCUCCGACCUGCUCAUCUUCCUCUGCAUGCCCUUGGACCUGUUCCGCCUCUGGCAGUACCGACCCUGGAACUUCGGGGACCUCCUCUGCAAGCUCUUCCAGUUCAUCAGCGAGAGCUGCACCUACUCCACCAUCCUCAACAUCACCGCCCUCAGCGUGGAGCGGUACGUCGCCAUCUGCUUCCCCCUGCGCGCGAAGGUGAUCAUCACCAAGAGGAAGGUCAAGCUGGUCAUCCUCAUCCUCUGGGCCGUCUCCUUCGUUAGCGCCGGCCCCAUCUUUGUCCUGGUGGGGGUCGAGCACGAGAACGGCACCAACCCCCUGAGCACCAACGAGUGCCGAGCCACGGAGUACGCCAUCCGCUCGGGGCUCCUCACCAUCAUGGUCUGGACCUCCAGCAUCUUCUUUUUCCUGCCCGUCUUUUGCCUGACCGUGCUGUACAGUCUCAUCGGGAGGAAGCUCUGGAGGAGAAAGAGAAAGAACAUCGGUCCGAACACGGUCAUCAGGGACAAGAACAACAAGCAAACUGUGAAAAUGUUAGUUGUGGUGGUAUUUGCUUUCAUACUCUGCUGGUUGCCUUUUCACGUAGGACGAUAUUUAUUUUCCAAAUCCUUUGAAGCCGGAUCCUUGGAGAUAGCAGUGAUCAGCCAGUACUGCAACUUGGUGUCCUUUGUCCUCUUCUACCUUAGCGCCGCCAUCAACCCCAUCCUCUACAACAUCAUGUCCAAGAAGUACCGAGUCGCCGCUUGCCGGCUGUUUGGACUCAAACCCCUUCCAAAGAAAAGACUCUCCAGCACGAAGCAGGAAAGUUCGCGCGUGUGGACAGAACCGAGCGUCACCACAUGA